CUCACUCGCAGGGCCCGUCAAAUCAGGCCUCGCGUCACCUCCCACUCGGCUAUAAGUGCGAUACGCGCUUAUGUUUCCCAACGAGCGCAUUUUUCCCGCGAUACAUAUUCCGCCGAAAAGACGUUGCGAAAAGAGAGCUUAGCCGAGCUAGCGGCCCUUCGAUCGAGAGAAAGACAGAGCCUGCACUUUUCGACACUGCGACAACAAUCGCGCGUGUGUGUGUGUGUGUGUGUGUGUGUGUGUUGGACUCGCGAGAAAGAAACGUACGCGCCGAUCGCGGUGUGUACAAAGGAUGUUCCGCGUGUGCGGUGGUUGGGUAGUAGGAGUAGGACUAGGAGCGCUAGUGGAGUGGUGAGAGGAUGAGGCUGCUGGAAGAGGUAUAAAAGUUGCCGCGCGGAUUGAGGAGUCAGCGACAAUAGCGCGGCUCGCGGAUAGACGCGCAUUGCCUCUUAGUAGUCCUCUUUGGGUUGAGGAUAUAUUUUUUGCAAGGGCGAAGGACGGAGUUGUUGAAGAACGAAGGAGGAUUUGACCGUCGGUGGGAACGAAGUCUUCGGUUUUUUCCACGUCAGGAUGAAGCUGCAGCUAGCAGCAGCGUUACUGCUGGUCGCAUCGCAGACGUUAGCGGCUCGGCUCGACAACACCUAUCUGCCGCCUGGCAGCGCUGGCUCCGCUGGCGGAACAGGCUUGCAAGCUCCCGGCAAGGGCUUCGGUGGCGGUGGCGGCGGCUUCGGCGGUAAUGCCGGUGGUUUCGGCGGUCGACCAGGCGGAGGCGGCGGUGGUUUCGGCGCCAGACCAGGAGGCGGUGGAGGCGGUGGUUUCGGCGGACCUGGAGGCGGCGGAGGCUUUGGCGGAGCUGGGGGCGGCGGCGGCUUUGGUGGACCUGGCGGCAGCGCUGGCGGUGGCGGUGGUGGACCCCAGAUUCCCAUCGUCUCGUUCGACGCUCAGAACGGCGGUGACGGCAACUACCGAUACAGCUACGAGACCGGCAAUGGCAUCCAGGUCCAGGAACAAGGACAGGCUCAAGGCAAUUCGGAGGCGGUGAGCGGCUCGUACAGCUACACGGGUCCGGACGGCCAGGUCUACAGCAUCAGCUACACGGCCGACGAGACGGGAUUCCACGCGUCGGGUGCGCACAUCCCCACGCCACCGCCGAUUCCUCCUGAGAUCCAGAGGGGCGUCGAAUUGGCCCUGGCUGCAGAGGCUCGCGGAGAGAACCAAGACGGAAGCUACAAGGGCGAAGGCGGCUCCGGUGGCGGAGGUGGUGGCGGUGGAUUCGGCGGCGGCGGCGGCGGCGGCGGCGGCAGUGGAUACCAGAGCGGCGGUGGAGGCGGUGGAUACCAGGGCGGCGGCGGCUACCAGAGCUCCCAGGGAGGCUACAAGUAUUAGACGUCAAUCGUCGCAUGACACACUCUGUCUCUCGUUGAGCCAUAUGCCACUGAACUGCCAACAAGCUGAUUAAGAAUCUUCUUAUUUCCAUAUUGUAUGCUGUAAAUACUCAAUCUUCUUUCUUCUCCAUUAUGGUGUAAUAACCGUAGGCUACACUGAGUUUUCCCUGAUAUAUAACGGACUACCCGCAAGCUGCAUAACGUCGACACCGAUCGACGACGAAAAAGAGCUGAUUUUUCGUGUGCUAUUUUUCACGUAACAGGCAUUAUUCGUAUCGUACGACUCAUUGAGAAUAAGCUGCACGUAAAAUGUAUUAUUUUUUCUUCUUUGUUUUUGGUUGCUGGAAAAUGAUGUGAUAAUUAUGUAAGUGUAUUUUAUACGAUAUAAAUAUAUGUAUUUUAUCAUUA